ACUAUUUUAUCACAGAAAAAUUCAACGUCAAUAACAACAGCAAUAAAUGCAAUUAUUUAUUUACAUUUGAAUACCAUCAAAAUAAAAUACGGUAUAUAUUUAUACGAAAAGCUUGGAUUGUAAAAAAAAUGAUACUUACUAAUCAUUCCAGGUGGCUGCCGACGCCAUGCGCGGCGGCGAUGGGGGCGCGCGGGUCUGACGGCACUGACGGCAGCUCGUGCACGGAGAGCCAGGCGGAGCUGUUCUGCGCGCUGCCUGCCGUGGCCGCGGGCCUGGCCCUAGCCGGGGAGUCCAGCGCCAGCUGCAGCCGCAGCUCGCCCGCCGAGGACCGCGACGAGCCGUCCGCCGCUGGGGUCGCCGGAGCGUUCGGUUCAAAGGCCACAUUUUCCUCCCCGGAGCAAUUUCCACAGACUGACUUAGACAGCAACAAAAACAAAGUGCCUAAGAAGAGAAAGAAAAGGAAAAACAGAAGACGAAUCACGAUCUGCACCACGCACUGCCGCUACGCCGUGGUGCGGCGCAUGGCGCUCAAGUUCGGCAUGAGUGAGGUGUCGGAGGACGAGCCGUGGGACCUCUUCUGGACCGACAACACGGUGCCGAUGGAGCGGGCCAAGGAGAUGAAGAGUUUCCAGAAGAUCAACCACUUCCCUGGCAUGGGGGAGAUCUCCCGCAAGGAUCUGCUGGCUCGCAACCUCAACCGCAUGCUCAAGAUGUCCCCGAAAGAUUACAAUUUCUUCCCGAAAACAUGGUGUCUUCCAGCUGACUGCCACGACCUGCUGGCCUACGCGCGCGCGCACAAGAACUGCACCUUCAUCUGCAAGCCGGACACGGGCUGCCAAGGCCGCGGCAUCUGCCUCGCCAAGUCCGUGAAGGAUGUGAAGCUGGGCGAGCACAUGAUCUGCCAGCUGUACAUCAGCCGGCCUUUUCUGAUUGAUGGUUUCAAGUUCGACCUGAGAAUUUACACCCUGAUCACGUCUUGCGACCCACUUCGUGUUUACAUCUACAACGAAGGCCUCGCCAGGUUUGCGACGAGCCGAUACCAGGAGCCCACGCUGGUCAACAUCUCCAACGUGUACAUGCACCUCACCAACUACUCCGUCAACAAGCACAGCCGCACGUACGUGGUGGACGACGAGGCUGGCAGCAAGAGGAAGAUCUCGUCCAUCAACAAGUGGCUGGAGAGCAGGGGCUACGACGUCCCGGAGCUGUGGUCGCGCAUCGACGAGGUGAUCGUGAAGACGGUGAUCGCCGCGCAGCCCAUGCUCAAGCACAGCUACAACACAAGCUUCUCCACGCACGACGACGCCAUCUCCUGCUUCGAGCUGCUCGGCUUCGACAUCAUGCUCGACCACAAGCUCAAGCCCUACAUACUGGAGGUGAACCACUCGCCCAGCUACCACACGGAGACGCCCAUCGACCUGGACGUGAAGGAGGGCCUCAUCACGGACACGCUGCGCAUGCUCAACCUGCAGAAGACCAACAAGCACAAGGUCCUGGAGGAGGAGCGGCGCAGGACCCAGGAGCGGCUGCUGCAGGGCAGCUCCCACAAGGAGAGCAGGGGCAGCGUGGGGGACGCGAGCGCGCCGCGGGAGCAGGGCGACGCGCAGGCGCAGUGGGAGCUGCAGAACGCGGGCAACUUCCGGCGCGUGUACCCGCCCGGCGACGGCGGGGGGCCCGACAAGUACCUCAGGUUCUUCCAGCAGAACGCCAGCUCCGUGUACCAGGAGACGGCGGCGUCCCGGGCGCGCGACGAGUGCACGAGGCUGCUGCGGGAGGAGCUGGAGACGAAAGCGCGCCUCGAGGCCACCAGGCGAGUCGGCUCGAAGCCGCGCGACGCGGAGAAGACGCGCUCGGAGUCGCCCGGGUGCCAGGAGCCAGGGCCCUGUCGCACGAGGGUGCUGCACACAGUCGUCAGGAGGCAGGCGGCGAGGAAGGAGGGCGCGCGGACGGAGGGCGACCCCGCUGCCUGCUCGUUCAGCCCGGAGCCCAUACGGGAGGAGGAGGAGCAGAGCCGGCUGACGGCGCUGCACCACCGCGAGAUGCUGGUGCACAGCCAGGGCAUCGUGAGCGUGGUGAAGGAGGUUCUCCAUCGGAGUGAGAAGUUCAAACGAGAACAUGCAGUGUUGUUUCGCCACUCGAACCACCACGUGGUCCCUGUCAAGUUACCUGCCUUGCAGCAAGCACCUACAUUUAUGCCACAUGCUCCGCUGGACAGGAAGAAUGAAGAGGCUGCGGCUCUGGUCAUUUACCCGACGUUGAAGGGACCGGAGACCAGUGUGUCGGAGGAUGCAUCCCAACAGUGUUCAGUCCUUCAGAGCCAGAAAGGGCUGGCGGUGCAGUGCAGCAACGCGCCGCUCUCCUCCCGGCCGGCGCCGCUGCAGGCCGUGUGGGCGGCCAAGCACGACUGGCGCUCCACGCGCGCGCACAACGCCCGCGCCCACACCAACAACGCCAAGCUGCGCCAGCUGUACCAGCGCCAGUCCAACCACGUCCUCUAGGAAGAACCAACUUUGAUGGACUUUCUUCGAUCUGCCUGUGAUCAAGAGAAAUCAUGCAUAAAUAAUUUUUUUUACACUUAAAAAAAUAUCUUUUACUUUAAUAUACUCCUAAUCAAAAGUUUUAUAUUAUCUAAAUAUUUCCAUUUAUAUGAACUUUUUAUUCAUUGAGUGCCAUUUUGAAGACUGUUUUUAACACUGCCAUAUUUAGGGGACUCAUUAUCUUGAAUCUAUCACAUAGUUGUAUUUUGUACACACGAGUGAGAAUUCACCAAUGCAGAAAAAAUAAAUUUUAAAAUAUUUUAAUCAGCCUUUA